CAUCUCAAAAAAAAAAAAAAAAGAGGAAAAGAAAUUGCUACCACCUGAGCUUGUGCUAACAGCAACUUGUCCAUUUCUGAGACAGCCACCAGGAGGGCACGGGCCACCAGGAAGAGCCUGCUGCAUGUCCCCUAUGGAGACGGCGAAGGGGAGAAAGUGGACAUUUACUUCCCUGACGAGGCAGCUGAAGCUUUGCCUUUCUUCCUGUUCUUUCAUGGAGGAUACUGGCAGAGUGGAAGUAAGGACGAGUCUGCCUUCAUGGUCGACCCGCUGACGGCACAGGGAGUGGCUGUGGUAAUAGUGGCUUAUGACAUCGCCCCCAAAGGCACCCUGGACCAGAUGGUAGACCAGGUGACCCGCAGUGUUGCGUUUGUCCAGACGCGGUAUCCAAGCAAUGAGGGAAUUUACCUAUGUGGACACUCAGCCGGGGCCCACCUGGCCGCCAUGAUGCUCCUUGCCAACUGGACCAAGCAUGGGGUCAUGCCCAACCUCAAAGGCUUUUUCCUCGUGAGUGGGGUCUUUGACCUGGAGCCCGUCAUAUAUACUUCACAGAACGUCGCUCUGCAGCUGACCCUGGAGGACGCUCAGAGGAACAGCCCGCAGCUGAAGGUGGCCCAGGCGCAGCCGGUGGACCCCACCUGCCGUGUGCUGGUGGUCGUGGGCCAGUUCGACUCCCCCGAAUUUCACCGACAGUCCUGGGAGUUUUACCAGGCCCUGUGUCAAGGAAAGUGGAAAGCCUCGUUUGAACAGCUCCACGAUGUGGACCACUUUGAAAUCGUUGAGAAUCUGACCCAGAAGGACAACGUGCUCACCCAGAUUAUCUUGAAAACGAUCUUCCAGUAGUUCUGACGACACCUGGAGCCUGGUCCAAGUGCACCCCACCUUGGGAAGCCUCUCCAAAGAGCUUUCGGAGCUGAAGCUGCCAGGUUCAAUUUUCCCCAGCACCCAGGAGAGCCUUGCUGUGUCUGCCUGCCCGGCAAGAGUCCAUUCUCACUGCUGGGAUACUCGUGAAAAUCUCCAGGUCCUCCCUCUUCCCAGCCCGGAUGGAGCUUCAGGGAGGCUCCAGGGAACGUCCAUGAGUCAAUGCUCAGAGAUGCCGGGAGCCACCUGUAAGCCUCAUCUGGCCCCUCUAUCUGCUGACAGAAUGUGACAAAGAUGACUUACCUCUAGCAUUUUUGUAUGACCCACCAGCUAAGAAUGUCAUUACUUUUUUUUUUAUCUGGAGAUGGAGUCUCACUCUGUCACCCAGGCUGGAGUGCAGUGGUGUGAUCUCGGCUCACUGCAACCUCCACCUCCCAGGUUCAAGCAAUUCUCCUGCCUCAGCCUCCCGAACAGCUGGGACUACAGGCGCCUGCCACCGCGCCCAGCCAGAAUGGCAUUAUAUUUUUAGAUGGUUCAUAAAGAAGCACAAAAAACUAUUUCAUAACAUGUAGAAAUUAUAUAAAACUUAAAUUUCCAUGUUGAUAAAUAAAGUUGUAUUGGGACACAGCCCUGUUCGUUCAUUUACAUAUUGACUAGGGCAGCUUUCCAGCUACAGGGCAGAGUGCAGUGGUGGUGACAGUGACCUCCUGGCCCGUACUGCCUGAGGCAUUUCCUAUCUGGCCCUUUUCAGGAAAAGUUUGCGGACCCCUGGGUAAGGGCUUCCCCAAGCCAGCUACCCUCCGCCUUCUGCUUCAGUCUCCUGUCUGCUCUGUCCUCCAUCUCCCUGACAUUUGGGUCUGUCCCUGAAUGCCCCGGGGUCUCAGCGUUGGGACCAACACCUUGACCUUGACAGGACAAUGCUACCCACAUGUAGGACAAGCUUCUGCUGCACCCCAAGAGUGGUGUGCAUGUCCCAAGAAGCCAGCUAUAUCCAUCCACCACCCACCCCACCACACCGCCUCUUUCUCUCACACUGAAUAGCAUUCACGAAUUUCCACUGUGGGCCGGGCACGGUGCUCACGCCUGUAAUCCCAGCAAUUUCGGAGGCCAAGGUGGGCGAAUCACCUGAGGUCAGAAGUUCAAGACCAGC